UCGCACCGUCAUUCACUGACCUUUCAAUCAUUUCACCCUCAGGAUUAUCGAAGGGAACCUAUAGGCCUACGUUAGUCUGUUGUGCAAACCCUUAACUCGAUUUAUGGCGUCUGAAUACACAGCCUACGAUGACUUGUGUGUACUGAAGGCCCUACAGUGGGAAAAGUCAGGGUCUGUGCCUGCAGACUAGGCCUACGUUGCGAUAUUGUUAAAAGCCAUUGUACAUGUAAUUUGGUACACUUAUCAUGCGCAUGCCUUCAAAGCCGAGUUAACAUCAUUCGUGUUUGGGAUCCGACAAACAUGCUCUAGUGCCUUUUACUAUUAUUUCUGCCUGCUCUCUGUCUAACAGAUUCGAGAACAAAAAAGGACCACAUGUUGUAAAAUCUCACUGCUAAACUGUGUCGCGUAUAUCGACCCGCAAUCGACCAUGACCCUGGAUCAUAUAGCUGUACUAUAAAAUAAGAACUACAGUAUUAUUGCAUUCUGUGCAAUAUUCUCUCGCGGAGCUCACAAGCGUCAACUUUAACCGUAACGAGGUUCCACUCGCUCUGUACCUAACGCUUCGUGUAAGACAGUGCAGUGUAAAUGAUUGCUAGCAGCUGUAGCCCCCUUUGUUAAGUGUAGCCUGGCGAGAGCCUGGAAAUAAUUAUAUUAGAAACUGAGCAAUAUGAUAUAAAAUAGGAUAAGGAUGGAAACCGUUGCUUUGAAAGGUCUUGGCAUUGGAUUGCUAUUUGCCUUGUCAUUUGUGGGAGGAUUGAUACCCCUGUUAUGUAUCGGAUCCCAUUCACACGGGGUGGCUGGAAGCGCCGUUACAAGACGUGUUGUUAGUCUCCUGAACUCUGCCGCAGCAGGAAUAUUCUUGAGCAUCGCUCUUGUUCAUCUGCUCCCAGAGGUUGGAAUGAUCUUUGACACGUCGCUAAACCUAACUCAUCAUGAUCAUGACCACGAUGAAGGGGGGCAUGGACAUAGCCAUGGUUUCGACUGGGCGGGUUUUACCGCUGGUGUUGGCUUCCUGCUCGUUGUAUUCGUGGAGCAGGUGAUGAUGUUGUGUCUUGAGCGCUCAGAGGCAUCUGACUCUGACAACACCUCGAUUGACCGAACUAACUUGGUGAAGUCUACGGCCAGCGAUACGGACACUGGUGUUCACAGCGACUACGGGACGCUCCGUCAACGAUCACCUUCGGAUUGCAGGAGCGAAGCCUCAGAAGCAGCUUCUGUCACAUCCUCUAUUACGAUUCGACAAGGCCUUGAUGACCUCCAACCAAUCUCUUCUUUCCGAGCUAUCAUCCUCCUUGUCUCACUCACCUUACACAGUAUCUUCGAAGGACUAGCUCUCGGCCUCCAGCUUGAUAAAAGUGACACUGUAGAUUUACUGAUUGCCAUCUCCAUACAUAAAGGCAUCGAGAGUUUCACUGUCUUGCUUCGGUUCGCCCAGUUACCAGGGAGGAAUGUUCUCAAGUGGAGCAGUCUCGUGAUCUUUUCUCUUGCUUCUCCACUCGGCAUCGCUAUCGGCAUCCCACUCGCUGAUCCAUCGGUCAACGCUGAUGCUCUACUGGUCAAUGGAAUUCUGCAGGGUUUGGCCACGGGGACAUUUAUGUUUGUGACGUUUGUGGAACUUCUCCCGGUGGAACUUGCAGGGAAAAAUGAUAGGCUUCUGAAAUACUUAUGUCUUCUGGCGGGAUUUGGACUCAUGUGUGGAUUGACACAAAUUUGAUAAUAUUGCUGUCUAGCGUAAUAUAUUUAAUAUAUCACUAUUUAAUAUUCAAUUUGAUAUAUUUAAUACAUCACUUUACACCUACGAACGAAUUGGCGUAAAAGUUAACUUUAUUAAAUAUGACUUUGCAUUUAAUGGCAUAUCGUGUUAAGAUAUAUAAAAAAAUGUUUGAUUUCGUUUCAUUUUUUAAUGUAUAAUAACAAUACGAUUAAUUUAUGAUACAAAUAAUAGCUAUAUAGAUCAAAUUGAUAAUCUUGAAAUAAACGGAAUUUGAUUAAGAGAAUUAACCAUUCUGACUACCCAAGUAAAGCAUGUAUAGAUGAUGUAAAGUGCAUUAUUAAAAAGAAAAUUACAUAGUCAUUGUUGCGUGCAUUUCAUAUCAAAUAUACGUUUUCUCUAAGAAAUUAGUGUCAAGCAAUUAUUCCAAUGACGUAAUAAGGAACUUUAAUAAAAUGAUUACAUGAAUAUUUCUUGAUUUCUAGCUAUUUCAACAAAAGUGAAUCGCCUGUAUCAUUCCAGGUUUAAAAUCUUUAUGCUAAAUCAAAUCUUGUUCUUCUAAAUUCAAAUGCAAACCUGAAAAAAAAAAACAAAACACUGAAGGCCAAAAAUAUCCCGUGAACAUCCUAGCAGUACGGAUAACCUCAUGGAAAUGGAAUGUUAUGAGUAUCAUCUUCAAUUUCGUAAUUUUCGCUCCACAUCGGAUUCAAGAAAACAGAAAAUGUAUUGUCAAAUGACCUUCGUGACAAAGAGCAACCAAGAAG